GCCGUCCUGAGUUGUGCUGAAGUUGUCAACGUUCAACAAUCCCCCCAACUUUCGGUCUCUCAGAGUCAACUGUUCAUUUUAUUUCAAAAUUGGAGCAUGUCGUCAUGGAGACAGAUGCUCUCGGUUGCACAAUAAACCAACCUUUAGCCAGACCAUUGCCCUCUUGAACAUUUACCGUAACCCUCAAAACUCUUCCCAGUCUGCUGACGGUUUGCGCUGUGCCGUGAGUGAUGUCGAGAUGCAGGAGCACUAUGAUGAGUUCUUUGAGGAGGUUUUUACGGAGAUGGAGGAGAAGUAUGGGGAGGUUGAGGAGAUGAACGUCUGCGACAACCUGGGCGAUCACCUCGUGGGAAAUGUGUAUGUGAAGUUUCGCCGUGAAGAAGAUGCGGAGAAAGCUGUGAUUGACUUGAACAACCGCUGGUUCAACGGGCAGCCCAUCCACGCUGAGCUCUCCCCUGUGACCGACUUCCGGGAAGCCUGUUGCCGCCAGUACGAGAUGGGAGAGUGUACAAGAGGCGGCUUCUGCAACUUCAUGCAUCUGAAGCCCAUUUCCAGAGAGCUGCGGCGGGAGCUGUACGGGCGCCGGCGCAAGAAGCAUCGAUCCAGGUCCCGGUCCCGGGAGCGUCGCUCUCGGUCUCGAGACCGUGGCCGUGGCGGUGGCGGAGGCGGAGGUGGAGGCGGUGGGGGACGGGAACGUGACAGGAGGCGAUCACGAGAUCGUGAGCGAUCUGGGCGAUUCUGAGCCAGGCCAUUUUUACCACCUGCACAUCAUCGGCCCUUGAAGUGAAGAUUAAUGUCCAUCAAUCACUUUGGGUAGAAAUGAAACCAUAUUUUAAACUUAGGUUCUGAAAUAAACACCCAACCAGUUGUAAAAUUCACAUGGGAAAGAGCCAGAUCUGUUUCUAGUUACCUACAUAUUAACAAGUAAUACAGAGUUUCCUCCUGAGGCUGAGGAGAGGUGUGGAAAGCCUGUAAGGUGCAAGGUGCCUUUACUUACUAGUUAGUAAAUAAACACUUAGGUAUAAUUCUCUGUGGACUGUGCUGUGGUUUACAGGGGAGCUAAUCCUGGAUGAAAUGCAGUCCAGCGUCAUGUUUUUCUUCUGUAUUCGUGAGUUUGCUCAUGUUGCUUUGAGAGCCACCAUGCACUCCUAAAAUGUGCAUAAAACAUGAGCGUGCUCUGUGCAGUGUAGGCCAGCGAUCACCUGUCAUGUUACAGCCGACUAACAGCCAGAUCAAGUGGACUCAGGAGCCCUGCCAUGCAGGUCUGCCUUGCUGCACAGUGUUGGCAUACAUGUGCGUCUGUGCAUACAAGAAGGGAGCAAAAUGGGUGAAUGCCUCAUUAUCACUUGAAAUACGCCAGCUGGCAUUUCAGGACAAAAAUAAGCAAGGCCUCGCCCCUAGAGAAGUGGAUGUUUAAGUAGGAAAGGCAGUUCAGAAGAGCGGGCAUGCUGAGAACUCUCAGGUCCAGACAAGCAGCUUGGGAAGAGGGCUGGGGUCCAUCUAGGGGCGUGGAGCUCAGAAUCUGAAGACUUUGCAAGUGGCCAGGUGAGUUGGGUCAUGGAGUUUGAAUUCCCUUGCCAGUCCGCACAUGUGCAAAGGGACUUAUAGCCGUUGGAACAAAGCAGGAAGGAAGGAACCUUGUAGGAUCAGGCUUUAUCAUCUCCCUUAAUCUACAUGACCUUUUGAGAAAUAGGAGGAACCAGCUUUGGAAAUAACCAGUUGACCAAGCUGUCCCAGUGCCAGUAACAAUGCAGUGAUGUCGUUUCAGCAACAAGGAUUAAAGAUGUACUGACUUGC